CAACAUUACCAAAGUCCUCAUUGCCAACAGAGGAGAAAUCGCCUGCAGGGUGAUGCGAACAGCUAAAAAAAUGGGUAUACAGUCUGUGGCUGUUUACAGUGAGGCUGACAGGAACUCCAUGCAUGUGGAUAUGGCAGAUGAAGCGCAUUUCAUUGGUCCUGCUCCCUCUCAGCAGAGCUACCUAUCGAUGGAGAAAAUCAUUCAAGUGGCCAAGAUCUCUGCUGCACAGGCUAUCCAUCCUGGGUACGGUUUUCUUUCAGAAAACAUGGAAUUUGCUGAACUAUGUAAGCAAGAAGGAAUUAUUUUUAUAGGUCCUCCCUCGUCUGCAAUUAGGGACAUGGGUAUAAAGAGUACAUCCAAAUCCAUAAUGGCUGCUGCUGGAGUGCCUGUUGUGGAAGGUUAUCAUGGUGAGGACCAGACAGACCAGUGCCUGAGAGAGCAUGCUGGGAGGAUCGGCUACCCCGUCAUGAUCAAAGCCGUCCGUGGUGGAGGAGGAAAAGGUAUGAGGAUCGCCAGAUCGGAAAAAGAAUUUCAAGAACAGUUGGAAUCAGCCCGGAGGGAAGCGAAGAAGUCUUUCAAUGAUGACGCUAUGCUGAUUGAGAAGUUUGUGGACACUCCAAGGUGGGGUUAGCUU